AUGUCUGCACUAGUUGGUCGCGAUGAUGAGGAGAUCGCCAUGAUGCGCAAACGCUUUAUUGGAGUGACUUGGGUGGAUGGAGGUCUUUCAAAUCCCCAGUUUGGGGCAGUGUGCGUUGGUCGGCUGGUUGCGAUGGCUGGGAGGGCGGCAGCAUGGUUUGGUGGCAUGGACUGUGCGAACAAGAAAUUGUGUGGCACAUUGC